AGAUAUUUUUACGGUCACAUUGUCUUUCAGCAAACAAAAUCUUCUUCUUUCCCCUUUAUCUCUCGCUCUGCUAAAUACACUACACUCUCCAUUUCCCGCUCCUCCUCCUCCUUAAACCCUCAGCAGUUGCCGGAGCAAUAAGCUCUUGAAUUCCUCCACAUAUUUCUCUGUUACCUGUAAACAGCCACUCCGAUACCUUCAACAGUAGUUGGGAGUAACCAGUGCCGGAGCAUUCAUACAAAUGGCCGCCGCUUUCAGUGCUAUUUCACUCUGUCCGUACAAACUAUGUCAUCAGCUAAACCCUAGAAAACAUUUUAUUUCUUGCUAUACUCCAUCUACUUCUUCUAUAGGCAUACGUGGAUCAAAAGGUCCUCGUAAAAGACCCGAUAAAUUGGAGGGUGCUGGAAGAAGCAUUGAUGAUUCUGUCCAACGAAGGAUGGAACAAUUCUAUGAAGGGUCUGAUGGCCCACCUCUACGUGUUCUUCCUAUUGGUGGCCUGGGAGAAAUUGGGAUGAAUUGCAUGCUUGUUGGAAAUUAUGAUCGUUAUAUUCUUAUUGAUGCUGGAAUAAUGUUCCCAGGCUAUGAUGAGCCUGGUGUCCAGAAGAUUAUUCCUGAUACAACAUUUAUUAAGAAAUGGAGCCACAAAAUUGAAGCAGUUAUUAUAACCCAUGGACAUGAAGACCACAUUGGUGCACUGCCGUGGGUAAUUCCUGCUCUGGAUUCUCAUACACCGAUUUUUGCAUCGUCGUUUACAAUGGAGCUAAUUAAGAAGCGACUGAAGGAGUUUGGGAUAUUUGUUCCAUCUAGGCUUAAGGUAUUUAAAACAAGAAGGAAAUUUACAGCUGGUCCCUUUGAGGUAGAACCUAUAACGGUUACCCAUUCUAUUCCAGAUUGUAGUGGAAUAGUAUUACGUUGUUCUGAUGGUACCAUCCUCCAUACAGGUGACUGGAAGAUAGACGAGUCACCACUCGAUGGGAAGGUUUUUGACCGCGAGGCCCUUGAGGAACUUUCAAAAGAAGGUGUUACUUUGAUGAUGAGUGAUUCAACAAAUGUCCUUUCCCCUGGAAGGACACUCAGUGAAACUGUAGUUGCAGAUUCGUUGCUGAGGCGCAUUUCAGCUGCCAAAGGAAGGGUUAUCACUACCCAGUUUGCAUCUAACAUUCAUCGUCUUGGCAGUGUGAAAGCUGCAGCUGACUUGACCGGCAGAAAGCUGGUAUUUGUUGGCAUGUCUUUGAGGACAUAUCUUGACGCUGCAUGGAAAGAUGGGAAGGCACCAAUCGACCCAUCAACUCUGGUAAAGGUGGAAGAUAUUGACGCUUAUGCCCCAAAAGAUUUGCUGAUUGUGACAACAGGUUCUCAAGCAGAACCACGUGCUGCGUUGAAUCUUGCUUCAUAUGGAAGUAGUCACUCACUCAAAUUAAACAAAGAAGAUCUAGUUUUAUAUUCAGCCAAGGUGAUUCCUGGUAAUGAUACCCGGGUGAUGCAAAUGUUGAACCGUAUAUCAGAUAUUGGAUCAACUAUAGUGAUGGGAAAGAAUGAGCUGCUCCAUACAUCCGGCCAUGCUCAUCGCGAAGAGCUGGAAGAAGUUCUAAGGAUUGUGAAGCCGCAACAUUUUCUUCCGGUCCAUGGCGAGCUCUUAUUCCUUAAAGAGCAUGAAUUAUUGGGGAAAUCAACUGGAAUUCGGCAUACAGCUGUUAUCAAGAACGGAGAGAUGCUUGGAAUCUCCCAUUUGAGGAACAGAAAAGUUCUAUCCAAUGGUUUCAUUUCCUUAGGAAAGGAGAAGUUGCAGUUGAUGUAUAGUGAUGGUGACAAAGCCUUUGGUACAGCUGCUGAACUUUGUAUCGAUGAGAGACUUAGAAUUGCUUCGGAUGGUAUUAUAGUGGUCAGUAUGGAAAUAAUGCGUCCUCAAUCCACAGAUGGUAUGACAGAGAAAGCUUUGAAGGGAAAAAUAAGAAUAACCACACGCUGCUUGUGGCUUGACAAAGGGAAACUUCUGGAUGCGCUCCAUAAAGCUGCACAUGCUUCACUUUCAAGCUGUCCAUUGAACUGCCCUUUGUCCCACAUGGAAAGAACCGUGUCUGAAGUUCUUAGGAAAUUGGUCAGGAAAUACAGUAGUAAAAGACCUGAGGUUAUUGCCGUUGCCUUUGAGAAUCCUGCAGGAGUUCUGGCUGAUGAAAUCAAUGGAAAACUUUCUGGAAAAUCACAUGUAGGUUUUGGAAUUUCAGCACUUAGAAAUGUAUUGGAUGAAGAUCAGAAAAGAAGACAGGCAAGUGGGGCACGUGCAGAAGGAGGUAAUGGCAAUGGCUAUCCAGUUGAUGAUGCAGUUGAGCAAGUGAAAGGUGAUGAUAUGGAUAUUGAGAGACUUAUGCAUGAUGGAGCAACUACUUCAAGUGCAAACUCACUGGAUGAAUAUUCUACCGCUGAGGAGGAAUCAGAAUCGUCCAGAAAAGAGAGCGUUCAAGUUGAUUCUGGCUUUCCACAAUCUAUGAUGAAAUCUUCCAAGCCUUUGAAGAGAAACAGAUGGAAACAUGAUGAGAUAAAGAAAUUGAUUAUGUUGCGCGGGGAACUCCACAGCAAGUUCCAAGUUGUUCGUGGACGAAUGGCACUAUGGGAAGAGAUAUCUUCAAAUUUACUUUCUAUUGGAGUCGAUCGAAGUCCUGGACAGUGUAAAUCUCUCUGGGCUUCUUUGGUUCAAAAGUAUGAGGAAAACAAGAGUGACGAGAAAAGACAGGAUAAAUGGCCUUACUAUGAGGAGAUGAGAAAAAUCUUGUCUGAUUUGGAGGCAACGGCCCAUAAAUGAACUGGACAUGUGUACUUGCAGGUAGUGUAUGUGGAAGCAAUUCUUCAUUGGGGGGAUUCAUGAGUUUGGAUACUGAUAUUUAUCCAAAAAUACUAACGCGCCCCUUAAAAUUCAAGAAGCCGGAUCAAAACUUCACCAUUUGUCCUGGUGGAUUAGCUGUUGCGCAAGCUUUUCAGAUGAAGCCAAAGGCAGGGAAGGAUUUAAAAAUUUAUUAAGGGUCCUUAUAAGCCCGGGGAAGGACUGGUAAAUUGUGCAAUGGUUUGCUAGUGAUUUUAGAGGUUGGAAGGUUUAUCAUGCUGGUAAUAAUUUCCAAGUGGAUACGAACAGUUGAAAGUGAUUCUAAAGUAGUCUGAAAUUUUGAUGGUAAGAGUUGGCAUAUUGAUUUGGGUUACUUGUAGGUUAGUAGACACUAUUAUUGAUUAUGUAUUGCAUGUUGUACCAAUUAUAGCAUUGAAUGCCUUGAUGAUGGGAUGUAGGAAUAUAGACGAUUAUUAUUUUUAGAUAUAUUCCUCCAAAUUACCUUUAAUUAUUUCUUGGUACAGUGAAAUUUUAUCUUACUCGUAAGGUUUCAUUGCA